AUGAAAAAACUCAAAAAGAGGACGUCGUCUUCUGACGAAAAGAGCCUUCCGAUACCCGAAGGAAGCCUUCCCACACCCGAAGGAAGCCUUCCCACACCCGAAGGACGCCUUCCCACAGCCGAAAGAGGCCUUUCGGCACCCGAAGGAAGCCUUCCGACACCCGAAGGAGGCCUCCCGACACCCGAAAUAGGCCUUCCGACACCUGAAAGAAGCCUUCCGACACCCGAAAGGGGCCUUCCGACACCCGAAGGAAGCCUUCCCACACCCGAAGGAAGCCUUCCGACAGCCGAAGGAAGCCUUCCGACAGCGGAAGGAAGCGUUUCGACACCCGAAAGUAGCCUUCCGACACCCGAAGGAAGCCUUCCCACAGUCGAAGGAAGCCUUCCACACACGAAGGAAGCCUUCCGACACCCGAAGGUAGCCUUCCGACAGCGGAAAGAGGCCUUCCGACACCCGAAGGAAGCCUUCCCACAUCCGAAGGAAGCCUUCCACACCCGAAAGAAGCCUUCCGACACCCAAAGGAAGCCUUCGGACAGCGGAAGGAAGCAUUCCGACACCCGAAGGAAGCCUUCCCACAGCCGAAAGAGGCCUUCCGACACCCGAAGGAAGCCUUCCGACACCCGAAGGAAGCCUUCCCACACCCGAAGGAAGCCUUCUGACAGCCUGCCGGAAGGCUUUUUCAUCAGAAGACCACGUCCUCUUUUUUGAUUGAAAAACAGAAAAACUGAGUCGGGCUCAUGUUGCAAUCCGACAUCCGAUUUAAACAAAAAAACUGAUGCUGCUGCUGCCCUUGCUGAAGGAUACUCUACAACAUGGCUACGACACACCGGAGAAACACAGGGAAGUCUCGUGCUGCUGCUUGAUGGGGCAGCCAAUGAUUGCAUAGACCCGAUGACUUGAUCUAUUCAAAAUGUUCGCCACCACCUUUCUUUUAUUGCCUCGCUCCUACUCCACCAAGACUGAUUACCCUCCAUUCAUUUGCAAAAGCACUGCAAUCUCUCCCCUCCCAUGUAGUACUUAUAUCACAACCUCCCCUGAUCCAUCCCGUCAUUACUCGACAAGCAAGGUAGCAAACAUCACGUGAUGGUUUUUUUAAAAUAUCGAAAAGAGCGGGAAAGCAACAAACAGUCGACAUGUUUUGAGAUUCAAAUUCUGUUUGCAAACAUGUACGAUUGUGUAUGUAUGUUUGUUUUUCCUCAUAAUGUACGACACAGCACAAGACUUACCUCCGUUUCCUCUCUCCUACACAACCAAGUUUACUGCCCAUACACACGCAAGAGCACUGCAAUCACUCUCCCCCCAUAAUGCAUACUUUUCGUCACAAUCUCAUUUGAUGAGUCUCAUUAUUACUCGUCAUACACGCAUAUCAAACAACACCAUGGGUAGAGUUGAAAAUCAAAUUGAGCGGGAAAUCAACAACCACCUGACUGACCUGUUCAGAAAUUCAAAAAAUAUAUAUACAACAUCGAACGGGUAGUCUUUCUGUGUGUAUAUUUGUGAUUCCGAAUAUGUACAGCAGUAGCCUUUAUGAGUGUUGUUGUUGUUGUCUUCACAUUAAAAACCAUCCCGGUCUCUCUAUCCAGUACCUCCUUCUGUCUCAAUCUCUCCGUACUAAUUCAUCACUUGACUCGGCCAAUUUCCGUGGUCACAGGCUAACGUACCUAGAAAAGGUAUACCAAAAUAAAAUGGACCCCAAGGGUCAGCAGAGCGAUAAAAUACAAGAAAACAAAAUAUAAUCAGAAACAAAUAAAAUAAAAUAAAAUAAAUAAUUAGACUAGUGUAGUCUAUAUUUGUUUUUUCAAAUAGGUACAACAACUACUGCUGUAAUAAACAGUACUUUGUAGUAAAUAGAUAAACUAACGUAUGUCGGUUAUUGCAUACUGCUGUAGCCUUUCUGCACGUAUACUUGUUUUUCCUAAAUACUGCUGUAAAAAGCCCCCCUCGAACGACUAUGAAUUUCGCUCGAACAGGGAGCUUUUAUGUGUUUAACGGGUAGUCUUUCUGUGUGCAUAUUUGUUUUUCCUAACAUAUGUAUUUUUCUAAAUUAAACCAGCAACUACUUACUGUCAACAUGACGUAUUGCGCCGUGUUCCCUGUGCAGGCCACAUGUAAAUGUACCUACUACGCAGAUGUUUUUGUGCUAAGCACCAACUGGUAUCACUGAUGAUAUAAAUCAUCAGUGUAUAGGCUUAAACAAACUCGAAAUAAGUCAAGUACCCAGCUGGUUUUCCUCUACUCACUGUAAAGACUUCAACACAUCCCCUCGAGUGUAGUUAUACCUCGAACGGGUAGUCUUUCUGUGUGUAUAUUUGU